AUGUUCGGGCUCACCCAGGACCAGGCGUAUGCUCUGCUGACGUCUGAGAAGACAGACGAACUCCUUGAAACCAUCAUCUCAGCGUACGAGCGGUGCAAGCGGCACCACGACUUUGUGGUGAUAGAGGGCACGUCCAUGCGCGAUGGCACCAACACCUCUCCCCUCAACGGCCUCAUCGCCUCCGCCCUUGAAGCCCCUGCCCUGCUACUCUCCGAUGGCCGUGCUGCCUCACAAUUCCACCCCAAGCACACUGAGUCAGGAGGCGUGUUUGAGGACUGGGACUGGGAGAAGGAGGCGGCGGGGUGCAUCCUGGACCAUGCGCGUAUCAUGAGGCAGUCGCGCGUCGACGUGGCGGGAGCACUCAUCUACCGCAUGCCCAAGACAUCCCGGGGGGCGGCAAGGCUGAGGGAAUACAUCACCCGCGCACACAUUCCCUUUGUGGGGGCCAUUCCCGAGGAUGUCUCGCUCGAGUCGUUCCAGGUGGAGGACGUGGCACGGGUGUUGAACGCGCAUGUGCUGUACGGCGACGUGCCCCACAGCAACAACAUGACCACCGAGGUCACGCGCACGCUCGUGGCCACGCUCCAUCUCGCAGACCUGCUCUCCUACAUCCCGCCCUCUGACGACCCGGGCAAAGGAGUCCUCGUCGUGGCUCAUGCCAGCCGCCCAGAUAUUCUGCUGGGGAUGAUCGACCUGCAUGAGACGCAUCUCAGCACCCAGGUGGCAGCCAUGGUGCUCACUGGCGGGUCGCCUCCCCCUUUGGAAGUUGAUAUGCUCAUUCGGAGCCGGCCCACGAGAGUAUCCCUCCCAGUGCUGCUGUCCCCCAAGGCCACACACGACACGUGCAUCGCCCUCACCAAUGCCCAGCCCGAGCUGCACGCCACGUCCCACCGCAAGAUCGAGCGCGCCGAGGUCAUAUUCCACGAGAACGUGGACAUGCGCAUGCUACACCAGGUGUUAUUCAAGGAGCGACCCCUCCGCAUGAACCCCAAGCUCUUCCAGCACACCAUCUUUGACAAGUCCAGAGAGGCGCAGUCCCACAUCGUGCUGCCGGAGGGAGCGGAACCGAGAACAAUCCAGGCAGCAGGGGAGGUGCUGCGGCGGUCGCUGUGCCGGGUGACCCUCAUAGGCCAUCCCGACGAGAUCAUCACCGCCGCCAAGCAGCUGCGCGUUGAUGUCUCUGGCGCUGACAUCGUCUACCCGCCCUCCGCUCCCAACCUGGAUCAUUAUGCUGAGCUGCUGUACCAAGCCCGCAAGGACAAGGGCGUGACCCUAGUGGAGGCGCACGAGCACAUGAUCACGGACCCAAACUACCUGGGUACAGCCAUGGUGGCAGCAGGCGAUGUGGAUGGCAUGGUGUCUGGCGCCGUGCACACCACCAUCGCCACCAUCCGCCCGGCUCUGCAAAUGAUAACCAAACUGCCCAACACUGCGAUCAUCUCGAGCGUCUUCUUCAUGUGCCUGCCCGACCACGUGUACAUCUACGGUGACUGCGCCAUCAACUCCAAUCCGACGGCUGAGGAGCUUGCAAUGAUCGCCAUCUCAUCGGCCGACACUGCUGCUGCCUUUGGCGUGGAGCCGCGUGUUGCGAUGCUGUCGUACUCCACUCUGGACGAGCGCAAAGAAGACACCAUAGUGCAGAAGGUGGUGCGGGCAACGCAGCUGGUGAAGCAGCAGCGGCCGGACCUGCUGGUGGAGGGACCCCUGCAGUACGAUGCUGCUGUCAACCCCAUGGCCGCCCACAAUAAGAUGGACGGCAGAGAGUCCGACGUGGCCGGCAAGGCCUCAGUCCUCAUAUUCCCAGACCUCAACACAGGCAACAACACCUACAAGGCCGUGCAACAGGCCACAGGAGCCAUCGCGAUGGGACCGGUGCUGCAGGGGUUGAGUCGGCCGGUGAAUGAUUUGAGCCGUGGGUGCACCACCAAGGACAUUGUGCAUUCGGUGGUGUGGAACUGCCUCGGCGAGAAGCUCGGGUCAGGUUCGGUGGACCAAACCAUUCGCGUGUGGCAAGUGGAUCCGAGCGGCCAAUCAAACUCCAGCAAGCAUCGGGAGGUGGAGUUGAGGGGCCACAGCGAGAGUGUGGACAACCUGUGCUGGGACCCCCUCCACCCUGACCUCCUUGCGUCUGCUUCUCAAGACAAGUCCGUGCGCAUCUGGGACACACGAUCGGCCAGGUGUCAGCAGAGUGUGACUCUAAAGGGCGAGAACAUCAACGUCACGUACAAGCCUGAUGGCACGCACAUCGCUGUGGGCAACAGCGCGGACGAGUUGACUAUUCUGGAUGUGAGGAAGCUGAAGCCUAUCCACAAGCGCAAGUUCACCUACGAGUUCAGCCUCGCUUCUCACCUGUCUGCAUGCUGUUUCCCUGCCUCUCACUGUCUCUCUCCCACCCACCUGUACCCUGGGCAGCUGAACGAGUUCGCGUGGGACCGAACAGGGUCCAUCUUCCUUGUCACAACCGGCACAGGUGCAGUGGAAGUUUUGGGUUACCCCUCCCUGCAGACACUAGACACCCUGCACGCACACACAGCAGGGGUGUAUUCGCUGGCCAUUGACCCCCUUGGCAGGUACUUUGCAGCGGGCAGUGCAGACGCACUGGUGAGCCUGUGGGACAUGCAGCACAUGCUGUGUGUGCGCAGCUUCACACGAUUAGAAUGGCCCGUACGCACUGUCAGCUUCAGCCACGAUGGGCGGUAUCUCGCGUCUGCUAGUGAAGACCUCUUUGUUGACAUUAUCUCAGCACAAGAUUCAUCUCAGCGAUGUAAGCCCCCAGACCUCACACAUCCCCUCCAUCCCUCUCUUUCCCCCGCAUUCCCCACGUCCUAUGCUCUGCCGCCCAACCCUCUCCUCCGGAUCCCCUUCCAACAACAGGCGGAGGUGGAGACGGGGCGGUCGGUGCAUCAGAUCCCAUCCUGGGCGGCGAUGAACAGUGUGGAGUGGAAUCCCAAGCACCUGCUCCUCGCAUAUGCCUCUGACGACGAUGGCAAGCACUCAUCCCCGGGUGAGUGA